GUCAAAGGGAAAGCAUGUUUCUGCAGCGCGGUAGAUGAAUGAAUGCUUCCUCUGAGAGACCGGCUGUUUAAGUUAUUUUUGCUUUAAUUGUGGAGUAAUUUUCAGUUACCUAAACUGCAUCGACAGCGGUUAAGGUUUUGGUGAGAAAAGAGAAGUCACUCUAGUUGGACUGUUAACUAGCAGAAACAUGGCUGGUAUUCUGUUUGAGGAUAUUUUUGACGUGAAAGAUAUCGAUCCUGAUGGGAAGAAGUUCGACAGAGUGUCUCGUCUUCACUGUGAGAGCGAGUCUUUUAAAAUGGACCUGAUCCUGGACGUGAACACUCAGAUUUACCCCGUCGACCUUGGAGAUAAGUUCAGACUGGUGAUCGCCAGCACGCUGUAUGAGGAUGGCACUCCAGAUGAUGGAGAAUACAACCCCACAGAUGACCGACCAUCCAGGGCGGAUCAGUUUGAUUACGUUAUGUACGGUAAAGUGUAUAAGAUCGAGGGAGACGAGACGUCGACAGAAGCAGCGACACGACUGUCUGCGUACGUGUCAUACGGAGGUCUGCUGAUGAGACUUCAGGGUGACGCCAACAACCUGCAUGGCUUUGAGGUGGACUCCAGAGUUUACCUCCUCAUGAAGAAACUUGCUUUCUAAUGCUGCUGUGUGUGUGUGGUUUUUUUGCUGCGCUGAUGGUGACAACUUGAGGGAAGUGCAACGUGAUGAUAAUGUAAAUAAAACGCUUUUAUAUGUAU